UCCAGGUUAAAUAAAAGGGUUUUAUUUUGUUGACCGGAAGUCAUGCGUUAAUCAGACCCUGCUGGUUGCUGUCUGCCCUCUUUCUGUGCGCAUUUUGGCAAAGUUUCAGUCUCCGGGAUGGAGAGCAUCCAGUCGGAUCUCUUCCGUGAGCUGUGAGCUGUGGACUUGAGGAGCUUUUUAACCUAUUUUUGAACCAUUAUGAUCAGUUUGAGCUAAGAAACCUGAUAAGACACCUGAUAGAGUCGUGGACAAUCAGUCAGGAUGAACAGAGACGCAAAGACUGCGCCCCGCAGCCAGAAACAACCCAGGACGCACCAGCAGGUUCCUGUCCAGAAGAGGAAGAAAGAUCCGUCUUCUAAAGACACUCAGAGUGGUUCUUUAUCCAAAGACUCAGCUCAGUCUGACUCUGGGAAGGAGGUGAAAUCUGCGGCACUGCAGGGAAAACGACCGGUGAAAGUGGCACCGGUUGUCCCCGCGGAGGGCCAGAGGAGCCCCGGCGCGCAGAGGAAACUGUCCGAUGCCAGCAACGCUUCAGAGGACUUGAGCAAAGACUCCGGGUGCCUGUCUGGGAAACUCUCCUCCUCAGACAGCAGCUCGGAAAUAUCCGAUUGCCCCUCGGAGGGCAGCAAGCACGACUCUCCGAGCUGCGACAAUGAAUUAAGCUGGAUAGACGCGGCAGCUUACGUGAGCCCGGACAGCGAAGGGAAAGGAGACGGCGAACAGUGCGCAAAGGCAGCGACGGAUAGCUGCGCCCCGACGCCUGAUACUGCUGGAGGGGGUGUCAGCUUGUUUAACUCCUCUGGGUCGUUUAUGGAGCUGAUGAUGGGAGAGACAACCGAGGAUCUUUCCAGGGAGGUGGAUGAUUUAAGAUCAGAAAACGAGUAUUUGAAAGAUGAGGUGGAGGAGCUUCGCUGUGAGAUGCUGGAAAUGCGUGACAUGUUCCAGGAGGAGGAGGUGUACCAGCUGCAGGAGCUGCGGCUGCAGCUGGAGCAGGCCAACAAGACCUGUCGCAUCCUACAGUACCGCCUCCGCAAGGCCGAGCGCCGCAGCAUCCGGGUGGCUCAGACAGGACAGGUGGACGGAGAGCUGGUCAGGAGUUUGGAGCACGAUAUCAAGGUUGGGAAGAGUGUGUCCCUCCGACUGUACAACGAGCUGGAGAUGGUGCAGAAGAAGAAUUCCCAGUUGGAGUGGGAAAACGAGGCGCUGCGAGAGAAGACACAGGAACUGGAAGUGGCCAAGCAGGUGUUACAGGCUGAGGUGGACAAAGCCAGAGAGAGCACUCUGAAGAAGAAAAGCAUCCGAUCAACAGUCAGUAAGUCUGAGAAGAGGCUCUCUCAACAGAUUGAGGAUGACAGCGCCGAUCUCAGGUGCCAACUCCACUUUGCCAAAGAGGAAUUAGCUCUAAUGUGCAAGAAGCUCACCAAGUUGGUAUCAGAGAGCGAGGCCAUGCGCGAGGAGCUGGCCAAAUACCGCUCAGCCUAUGGCGACAUAGACGUCAGCCAAUCGCUUGAAGGCAAACAAAACUCUGCCCACGCCAGGGAGGCAGAGGUCAAAGUUCACCUGAAACUGGUGGAAGAGGAGGCCACACUCCUAAGCCGGCGCAUCGUUGAACUGGAGGUGGAGAACCGUGGUCUGCGGGCAGAAAUGAGCGACCUGAGAGAGAAGAUGGGAAGAGGAGGAGGGGAAGAGGAAGAGGAAGAGAAUCGGGAUGUGUUGGAGGAAAAUAUGUCGGCUUCCACGCCGUUGAGGGACAGAGAGGGACGGGAGCAGAGUUUGAAAGUAGGAUGCACAAUGUACGAGCAGGGUCAGGAAGAGGAAGCAGAAAAUGGCAAAAAUGAGACAUCUUUGCUUUGCAACCAAUCGCAGACUGAAGGGACGAUUACUGCCUGUCAUAUUACUCGAGAGGGUCCUGUGGGUGGUGAGUGGGACCCUUCAGACAGUCCUGAGAAUGAUAACAACAAUAAACUCGACAGAGGUCUCAAAGGAAUGACAGUGAAAGACUAUGAAACUCUUCUAGCUCUCAGAGAUCAUUCCUGCAUUUUGAGUUCAGCCUUCCAGCUCCUGUCGACACCGCCAAAGAACGGCCACUGCUCAUCUCCCUCAUGUGCUUUUACCUCACAGACAGAGGUGGCACAGAAGAUACUCCUACCAGGGCCUUUGAAUGAGGCUUUGGAGCUUCUACAGGCCAUGCUCUUGGCUUUUAUUGGGAGGGUGGAGACGCUUCUAACGGGAGAUUUACUCUCUGUUCAGAAGGACGGACGUGCUCGGGAUUCCUACACUUUCUCCUUCCUUUCUGGAGACUGUGCAGAUCACAAUCAAAGUGAGCAGGAAUGUGUAGAAGACCUCCGCACCACAGAGGUAAAGGAGAGAGAAAAACAAACGAGACAAGCAACCUCCUUCCAACGGGACCUCAUCCACAGCAGCAGGGACCCAAAAAUGCGACUUUCCCUGCAGAUUCUGUGGAUCCUCCAUCAGUGGUGUCAAGUUAAAGGACCCGGGCUGGAGCGAAAAGAGGGUAAAGACAAAACCUUGUCUGUGCUGCGGGGGUUGCUGCAAGACCUUGGCGCAGAGCUUCGGGAUGAGCGGAUUGAAUUCAACAGUGAGGCCAAGGCCAGGCAGGACAAGGCAGAUGAGGGUGCCGUCAGCAGUAUCUUUCUCAAUGAACGAGACUCUGGAGCUGACAGAACUUGCAGCUCAAAAGAGAAAAGACUUCGGAGGCAGUUUUCUCCACGUGGCUGUACGAGGAAGAACUGGUGCUAUCUGACCCAGGAGGCUGCUCAGCUGGACCAAGAGGACCCCGUUAAGACGUGGGACCAUCUAAUCAUGCCGCUUAGCUUCCCUGAUCUUGACUUUGAGCAGAUGUCCCUGGAAAGAAGCCACACUGCCCCGGAGAAGUCGGCCUUCCGCAUCUACUACAGCCCCCCGUCAGCUCGCAGAGUCCAGCUGGCUCAGCUGAAGCAAAGCCCCGUCGCAGACAGAGAAUCUGUCAACACGACCUCUCCCUGGUGCACACCGCCGACCUCCUUCUCUCCGCUCUGUCUGGGCUCAUCUGCUAACCUAAGCGACGACAUGAAGGAAAUGACGGCCAGCUGGAUGCAGACGGUUCACGGCAGUUCACAGGAGAAGAGAGGGAGACUGCAGGGCCGGUGGGUCGACGUGGCCUGCGCAGGUACUCAGACCCUCAAGAAGCCACAGAUGGUGAGUGUUGGUCUGCAGACAGAUGGGACACACGGGUCAUUCUCUGUGAGAGGCAGUCCAUCCCGAGUCCUGAGCAACUCCCUGGUCUCUGCACGCUCUCACCACAUCUCCACCUCACUGGACGCGGUGCCAGGCAGAGUCGAAAGGUCCAGGGCCUCCACCUCCUCGCCUAAACUGUACCGGAGACACUCUGCAUCUGGUGCAUCCUCUCCCCCCUCAUCCACCAAUCUGUCCUCCUCCUCAUCCCCAUCUACUUCUAGAGAUCGAGCGCUGUGGAACCUGAAUCACCAAAGGGGACAGACCCACAGCUCUCUGAGCAGCGCCAAGCCUCCCAGCAAAUCUGCGGGUGCCAACCGUUACGGCAUGGUCACAGAGUUCCUGCGCAGGGUGAGUGGCCGGGUAGAGAAACCGGUACCGGUGUCUGGGCAGAAGACGAAGAGCGGUCUGAAGAACCUGGAACGCGUUCCAACGAGGCCUCCCGCCGCUCCGCUGCACAGGAACGACAGCGUGACGAGGAUCGUCAACCAGAGGUUCAUGAAGCAGAGAGAGGAGGCCGGUCGGGCCCAGAGGGAGGAGAAGGGGAGCAGCCUGAACCACGGAGUCCGACACAGCACGAGCACCGUCACAGCAGAGGAUGGAAACUAUGACUGCAGCUCCAGCAGCACCUUGACCUUCUGCUUCUCUCGGCCGUCUCGCUCCAACCAGAGACAAACAUCAACCCAGAGCAAACUCCAGCGCCACAGAUACUCGCCUCCAGUCAGCGCAGCCGCAGACUCCAACUGUGAGUGAACGGGGAGGACAAACAGCAGUUAUUCUGAUAUCUCUGGACAGCUGAGUGCAGUCAGAGCCACGGGGGAACGGAUUUAAAAUGUAAUGGUUGAACUGGGAGAACUGGUAGAUAAUAUGUGGGAUGUUUAGGAAAGCUUAUAGCUGUGUUUUCUUUUGGUGCAAUUCAUUACUCUCAUCACUUUUUAUAGAUGGGUUUAAUCUUGAUUUCAACUACAAACUACAAUGUAACAGAUUCUUCAUUCAUAUUUACAGUUUUAAACUUUCUGCAAAUUAAUUUUAUAUUAUCUUUAUGGUGUUUUGUAGAGAAUAACUUCAUGUUUUAUUGAAUAAACUUCUAAUAUCUGA